CUCCAAUAUUCUCUCUCCUUUUUCCUCUUUUACCAGUAAAAUUGGGAUCCAUCAACAGAAAGAAGUCCAAACAAAUCAACUGCAACCUUGCGGGAACAUUCUGUUAUAUAUACCCUUUUCUCCUUCUUCCCCCCACCAUCUUUCUCUCUCCUCAAUUUUCCAACAAUUCAAUCUUUUUCCAUAUUUCAUCUCUUCACUUAAUUCUCUCUCUUUCAGUUUUCUCGGAUCUUUCUAGAAAUUCUCCCUACUUUCUUCCAUUCUCAGAACAACAAUGGCGAAACAUAUACUGGUUACCGGCGGAGCAGGUUACAUUGGAAGUCAUACCACUCUUCAACUUUUACUCGACGGUUACAAAGUUUUCGUCAUCGAUAAUCUCGACAACUCGUCCGAACUCGCUAUUCACCGAGUCAAAGAACUCGCUGCUGAGUUUUCCUCCAAUCUCUCGUUUCUUCAGGUGGAUCUCCGUGACAAAUCUGCACUCGAAAAGCUUUUUUCUUCAACAAAAUUUGAUGCUGUCAUUCACUUUGCUGGCUUGAAAGCAGUCGGUGAAAGUGUGCAGAAACCAUUGCUUUAUUACAAUAACAACAUCAUUGGUACAGUCAAUCUGCUGGAAGUGAUGUCUGCUUAUGGAUGCAAGACGCUUGUCUUUUCAUCGUCAGCAACUGUGUAUGGUUGGCCUAAAGAGGUUCCAUGCACGGAGGAUUUCCCCUUGUCUGCAGCAAAUCCAUAUGGACGAACCAAGCUCUUUAUUGAAGAGAUCUGCCGUGAUGUCCAGCACUCUGAUGCUGAAUGGAAAAUUAUUCUUCUCAGAUACUUCAAUCCAGUUGGUGCUCACCCCAGUGGUCAUAUUGGUGAGGAUCCAAGCGGUACUCCGAACAACCUUAUGCCUUAUGUGCAGCAAGUAGCUGUUGGAAGAAGACCUCAUUUGACGGUGUAUGGAACUGAUUAUAAAACCAAAGAUGGUACUGGGGUUCGAGAUUACAUUCAUGUGGUUGAUUUAGCUGAUGGGCACAUAGCGGCACUGAGGAAGCUGUUUGAUGCUAAUAUAGGCUGUGAAGUAUACAAUUUGGGAACCGGUAAGGGUACAACCGUCUUGGAGAUGGUAGCUGCAUUUGAGAAAGCAUCAGGAAAGAAUAUUCCUGUUGUAACGGCUGGACGACGUCCUGGUGAUGCUGAGGUUGUCUAUGGCUCAACGGUAAAAGCAGAGAGGGAACUAAAUUGGAAGGCAAAAUAUGGUAUUGAUGAGAUGUGCCGUGAUCAAUGGAACUGGGCUAGCAAGAAUCCUUAUGGUUAUGGCUCACCGGACAAUAACGACUGUUGAUUUACAAGCACAGAAAAUAUUUCACACACUUAUGUACAAUCUAAUCUCAUCGGUACAGCUUUCGCCUGUUGCUACACCAUCAUACCUCUUUCAUCCAGCCUAACUCUAGGAAUAUAGCAUGAAAAAAAAGUGGGUAAUAUUACAAAAGAAGCCUAUUUGUGAAGCAUAUAGUAUUAUGUUAGUUGCUAAGUAUGUUAUGUAACUAUCUAAUUUAUAGGUAAUAUUUAAAAGGGAAGCAAGUAUAUUUUAUGAAGCAGAUCAAUUAUUUUUGCAUGUGCUCUCUUUUUGGGCUGAAUUUUGCAAGCUGUUAUGUGUUGGGAACUUCAUGAGUUUCUUCAGCUGGAAAGUUCAUCAUCCAAGUCACCCUGAAGCUGUAACUCAUGAAAAUUGGGUUUUUUCAGCAACCACAUUUUGAUGCUGCUUGUUACUGAAUGAAGAGAUGGUUUGAGCAACUCAUGGAAGAUGUUUUUCUUUUUUUCUCUUUUAUUUUACGGCGUUUACGUAGGAUCGAUAUUAUUAGAUACCAAAAUUAGUAAUUUCUUGCUCUGUUUAGGUAACUUUGCUUAUAUUCAUUUGAUUUGUUGAUUAA